AUGUGUUACUACCAACCCAACAAACCACCCUGCACCUGCGCCUUCCUCCAACUAAUCCAACCCUGUCAUGAUGUACAAUACUUCCCAUCUCCAAACAGCAAUCCCCGUCCCUUGAUCCAAGUCUGUGGCGCCCGAAAUCUUGCCCACGGCGUCGGACAGCGUCAUUGCAUCCGAUGCUGCGGAUCCAGUGGUCUUCCUGAUGACAGUAACAACCCGGAUAUGAUCGGUGAUAGUAGUUCCGGCGGUGGUUCUCGUGGUAUGGGAGUGUUUGCAUCCCCAUCUAUAUAUUCGUCGUCGCCUCCAUCGUCGUCUUCGUCUACCUAUCGACUCCCACCGAUUACCUCGCUACGGAGUAAUUUCAGUUUUCAGGAGAUUCGGGAUCGGAAGCGGAAUCAUUAUCAGAGUCCGUGGUCAUCGUCAUCGUCGUUGUCAUACCAGGCGCGUUUGCACGGUGGAAGAGUCAAUGAUUAUUUGGUCUCGCCGAGGAGUAUACCGCCGGAGAUGGUGGAGUGUGGGUCCUUUGGGAUAAGGGGGGUUGAUUCUUUGGUGAAGAAAGAAGUAGAAGAGAAGGAGGGAUGGAAACUUUCUCACCCUGAUUCGCCGGAUGAGAGAAACAGGGCUGAGAAUGGAGACGGGGUGCUGGAAAAGGAGGAUCGAAUGAUUGGGAAUCAUGCGUAUGGAGAUGAUAUUGGAAUUUUUGUGGAAUUGGAUGGGGGCGUUAUUCCUAAGGAGGGUCGGGAUGGUAUUUGA